CUCUUUAAUAGCUUUUGAUUUACUCUGGAACAUCCUACACGCACUCGGAUGAGACUCUUUUCUUUUUCUUUUCUUUUUCUUUUUUUUUUUUUUCAAAAGGUAGGCGAACCAUUGCUAGUAACCGCUAAAGACGUUCUACAAAAAAAAGGGAUCCUUUCUGCCCGAGUUUACGACUCGUUCUUUCACCGAGCUUUCAGCCCGAAUGCCCAUUUACAAGUCUUAAUUCAAACUCCGCAGUAACGAUUUUGUGCUUAAUUACGUUGAAAUGGGGAGUAUUGAUGGGAUUGUGGAACAGGGAGCGUACGAUGUGGAGGAUACUAUAUUUGUUGCGGUGGGGAAGAAUGUUGAGAAGAGUAAAACGACACUAUUUUGGGCUGUUCAGAGCUUUGCAGGGAAGAAUAUAUGCGUGCUCCAUGUUCAACGGCCUGCGAAUGCUGUUUCAUUGACUGACAGGAAACUUGCUGUGACAAAACCGCAACAAGACACUUUUAGUGCAUUCCAUGAGCUUGAAAAGAAAAAAAUGCUGGAUGUUCUAAAUCAAUACUGUCUCAUUCUUGCCCAAGAAGGGGUUCGAGCAGAUAAAGUAUGGAUUGAGAUGGAUAAUAUUGAGAAAGGGAUUGUUGAGAUUAUUGCUCGGUACAACAUUAGAUGGCUUGUAAUGGGGGCAGCAGCUGAUAAGUACUAUUCAAAGAAAUUGGAAGGGAUAAAAUCCAAGAAAGCAAUGUUUGUGCACCAACAUGCACCUAUUUCUUGUCAUAUCUGGUUUGUUUGCAAGGGUUGUCUAAUCUAUACAAGGGAUGGUAGAAAGGACAGAUUGCUGCUGACAAAUUCAGAUUCAGGAAUUGAGCAAUCAGAGCACUUGAGAUUGGGAUCAUAUGAACAAACCCAUAGAUCUCUAGAUGCUGAUGACUUCAAAGGAAUAUUAGAAGGAUUCAAUUAUCAGUGUACAGUGAAUUCUAGCCAAUCGAGCAAUAUAGCCCUUAGCACUUCCAAAAUGAUGCCAUUUCUGGCAGAUGAGCUUUUGCAGGAAGAAAACUCUCAAGGACUAACAACAGAAAAUGCUUCUCAUAGACUAGAACUAGCAAUUCUCGAUGCUAAAGACUCAAAACAAAAGGCAUUUGGAGAGGCAGUGAAGCGAUGGAAAGAGGAAGACGAUGCUAUGGAGGCCAAAUGCAAGGCAAAGGCAUUAGAAAACUUGUGCAUCAAGGAGAUGAGCCUAAGAAAAGAGAUGGAGGGAGUAUUGGCAAGAGAAAAGCAAGAAAUUGAAAGGACAAAGAAUCAACGUAAUGAAUUUAUGAAAGAACUCCAGGUGGUGCAGGAGCAGAAGUCUGAACUUGAGAGCCAACUUGCAGAGUCCAAUUGUAAUGUGAAGGAUUUGGAGGAGAAAAUCAUUUCAGCUGUGGAACUUUUGAUAAGUUUCAAGGAGAGGAGAGAUGCAGCACGGAAAGAGUAUGAAAGUGCAAUAAGGGAAGUUAAUAGGCUAAAGAAAUUGUCCAAAAUGGAAGCUGGGAGCUUUUGUAGGUCUGAAAUCCUUGAAUUCUCUUUCAUGGAGAUCAAUCAGGCAACUCAGGAAUUCGAUCCUUCCUGGAGGAUUGGAGAGGGAAGAUAUGGAAAUGUCUACAAAGGGAUCCUUCGCCAUGUUCAUGUUGCCAUCAAGAUGUUACCCUCUUACGGCUCUCAGAGCCAGUUAGAUUUCCAAAAUGGGGUAGAGAUUUUGAGUAGGGUGAGGCAUCCACACCUGAUAACUUUAAUCGGAACUUGCCUGGAGUCUAGGUCACUGGUCUAUGAGUACGUCAGAAAUGGAAGUCUUGAAGAUUGCCUUGAAUGCAAAAAUAAGAGGUUCCCACUUCCAUGGCAAACUCGGAUAUGCAUAGCUACUGAGAUAUGCUCUGCUCUUAUCUUCCUUCAUUCCAACAAGCCUUGUAUCAUACAUGGAAAUUUGAAACCAUCAAAAGUCCUCCUUGAUGCUAACUCUGUCAGCAAAAUCAACGAUUUUGGCAUCUCUUAUUUGAUUUCACGAGGAAAAAUGGGACACACCAUUCCAAUGUAUAAUGACUCUAAAACCAAUUUCACAUCUGUGUAUACUGAUCCACAAUAUCUAGAGACAGGGACGCUUACUCCAGAGUCAGAUAUUUACUCAUUUGGAAUUAUACUUUUGCGACUUUUGACUGGGAGACCAGUUUCAGGAUUGGUGAAAGAUGUAAAAUGUGCAUUAGAAAAAGAGAACGUCAGAGCACUUUUGGAUUGUUCUUCUGGGGACUGGCCAGCUGGGCAAGCUGAACUGCUAGCUAGAUUGGCAUUGAACUGCUGUGAGAAUAAUCGAUUAAAUCGCCCGGACCUUGUGUCAGACAUCUGGAGUGUGCUUGAGCCAUUGAGAGUUUCAUGUAUUGAUUCAGCAUGCUGCAGAAGUUCCAAGGAGCUGCACCGGCGGAUUCCUUCCCAUUUUGUCUGUCCCAUUUUCCAGGAAGUCAUGAAAGAUCCACAAAUAGCGGCGGAUGGUUUCACAUAUGAUGCUGAGGCUAUUAGAGGAUGGCUGAGAAGUGGCCACAAUACUUCCCCCAUGACAAAUCUUAAACUUGCGCACUGCAGCCUACUCCCUAAUCAUGCUCUUCAUCAGGCAAUUCAAGAGUGGCAGCAACGUUGGUGAAUUUUUAUUAUUAUAUGAGAUGAGAUGUAUGCACAGUUGGGAGCUUUGUACUUUAACCACUGCAGACCUUGAUACCCAUUAAAAUUAAACAUAACAUGAUGUAUAGAGCAACAGCUCGCUGUUUUGUACAGAACCACAUAUAUUUGAAAAGUAAUUCCAAUACACAUCUGCUUAUAGUGUUUUCUUA